AUGGACGGAGUGGCUGUUACCUAUAAACACUGGGAAGUGCAAACAGCUACUCCAAGGGGAAUUAGUUGCCUAAAUAAGGGUGACAAUUGGCACGGUGCCUACACCGGUGGAAAUUGCCAACGAGAUCAGAGACCUGAGUAUUAUCAUACUCGAUUCCUCCCAGGCAACCUGAAAGUAUCAACUAGCCCCAGUAAAGGCUUCGAAGGCGCUGUUGUUGCUGAAAAGAACAGUGGCAUCGAGGUCCCUGCAGUAUUAAUUUCCCUCUACAAGGCCCUGGUGCAACCACACCUAGAAUACUACGUGCCGGCGUGGCCCCUGAACCCUAUUCGAGACCAAAAGGCUCCAGCAAACGUCCAGAGACGUUUCACUAGCACAGCUGAGUGCCUAGGUAGUGAGUAUACCAUUGAAGAAAUUCUGGAAGCUCGAUUGGCCGUGUCCGUGCUGAGUCUUGUAAAACCUGGAAUGCCCUGA